ACCACAAUAUAUAACUUGGCCAAUUCUUUUUUACCAUAUUGCAGGAGUAGAUUCACCAAAAAAUUGAUCGAUUUCUUUUUUUCUCUAUUUUACGAUCCAGACGAAGCAGCCUCGAUCUACACCUUUGAAUUCAUAACAGAAUCGUUUCUUCUCACAAAACCCGAUCUUCAUAUGAUCUCUGUGCAGAAUAAUGUUGACAUUGCAUUCGUAUUUAUUCGUCUUGCUCCCACUAAUCAAUAACAAGAACUGAACAACAAUACCUGGAUACAAAUGUUGGCUUUUUUUGGGAGUGGGGGUUCUAGAAAGGUUGAUAAUUCUUCGGAUGGUCGGAAGGAUGAGCUUGUGCCAACACUAAAAGUGCAAACAGAUAAAGAUGUGUAUAGACCUGGUGAUUCCAUUCUUGUUACUAUUGAGAUAUCCAACCCCAAAGAUGGUGCCAGUGAAGAUGUUAUGUCUUCUCUGUUAAUUGAAAAGCUUGGUUUUGCGAUUAGAGGUAUUCAGAAGUUGGACAAUCAAUGGUUUGCCACUCAGAAGCCUUUGCCUGGGUCCAAACAGAGGAGAGGGGAACAUGUUUUCAUGGACUGCUCUACAUCAUCAAUAGUUUCAAAUCAGAUUGUGUCCUCUGGUGCGACUAAAACAUUUGAUUCAACGAAUCACUUGGUGCAAUCUACAGAUGUGGUACGAACCUUGCUGCCUAGCAUUAUACCACCAUCUUACAGGGGUGCUACCAUUCGCUAUAUAUACUAUGUUGAGAGUACAUUAUCUGGACAACAGCUGAUGCUGGACAAUACUAACUCUCAUAGAGAGUCAUCAAAAGAUCUUCUUCAACUGGAAGAUCGUAUUCCGUUACAAAUAUGGGUGGCUCAGAAAGGCAAUGGCCUAAUAGUGGAAGAAGGUCAAAGUGAUGGGAUUGUUCCACCUACAACCAUUCAAUUGGAUAUAUACUGGAAAGAGAUGGAUGGAGACAAUGAAUGGGCCAGAGCAAAUGAUUUAGAUGAUGGAGUUGAGGAAGGGCAUGAAAGCUUAAGGGAUGAAAUCUCAUCUGUUUCUUCCUACAAUCCCAAUAGAGAAAGUAUACACAAGACAUUUGGAAGUUCUCUGUCCCUGCAAUCUGUGGCAAGGUCUUCAAAUAAGGAUGCGUCAUUUACUGAAGGAGGACGCAGAAGUUUAUCAACUCUGGCACUUCCUCGCCUGUCCGCAGCUGAGGUUUUGUAUGACUCUGGUGCAGAUAUGGCAGAACCUGAUAAGUCGUCAGCUAUGGUCUUUCCAAGCCAGCAGCUUAGAGAUGACAUGGCAGGGGUAUCUUAUACACCAGGAACUGUAUCUGUAAACAAUGAACCUGCAGCAUCAGAAGGCUUUAUUCGUGGGAGGUCUUACAAUAUCAGGAUGGAUGAUCAUGUUCUGUUGAGAUUUUCCCCUAGGAACUCAGACUCCACUUAUUACUUCAGUGAUAUGAUAGGUGGAACUCUUACGUUUUUUCACGAAGAAGGAGCCAAGAAAUGUCUUGAGGUUUCAAUAACAUUGGAAACUUCAGAGACUGUAAGUCGACGUUAUAUUCAUCCUUCUCGCAAGAACUCCCCGACCAUUACUAAGGUUCAAAGCGAUCAUCAUGAGGUUGUUGCAGAUUUGGUGCAGACGAGCUUCCUGUUUUCAAUUCCCAUGGAUGGGCCUAUGUCUUUUUCCACAUCCCAUGUCUCUGUGCAAUGGGUUCUACGAUUUGAAUUUUUUACCACCCCAAAAAAUGUGGACUGGACAAGAUAUGAGCAUCCUCUUCUGAUAGAAGGUAGAGACAAAAGUGAGUGGGUUCUUCCUAUAACAGUGCAUGCACCCCCACCUAGGGCUUCAGCUGCCCAUUCCCGAAAUGAGAAGGGUUUUUCCUUAGAACCUUUGUGGGUUCGUACUUGAAGGAUUUGAAUUUUGAAGUUGUUUGAUUGGCUUAUUCAGAAACAAAGGUGACAAGAAGAAUCGGGUUUUUCCUACUCAGUUACAACUUAUGGCAAGUUCCUCACGGAACGAAAAGCUGGGCAAAGCUUUGUUGUUUGCAUGCACACAAAAUAUCCAUAAAACUCAUUCCUAGAAGAUGUGUUCACAUUGCCAGAUUUGGGGCAUCCAAACUUUCGAGGUUUCCCAUUUUGAGCCCCUCCUCGAGUCAGUAAUGUGUGUGAACAAUCAAUGUCUAGUUUUUGUCUCCUAAUAUUGCUUUAUUCUUUAGAACCAUAAUAACUUCUCAGUUCAUGCUCGCAUGUGCAUGGAUCUUUUGGAUCAGGGGGCCUGUAUUGUGGAGUGACAGGCUAGUGCAAAUAGCAGCAAAGAAUUGUGAAAUCAGAAAGCAGAACUGAUAUGAAAUGUGCUGAAUGAAAUGAGAGGCUUUUUAGCAAUAAGAAUUCAGGAAGAUGAACACUACAUUAUUAA